GCACUUUGCAACACUUUCCACAACACUUCACAAUGGAAAUGGCAACUUCCUCAAAUUUCAAUUUCACAUUCUCUUCAAAGAAUACUAGGUACCUGUCUAUGUUUCAUGGAUUGAAAUAUCAACACUCAAAUUCAUUCAACAAAUGUUUCAAACUUCAAUCUUUGUCUACUAAGAUAGUUUCAGCUACUACAAACAUAGCUUCUGAUAUGUAUAUUGGAAGAAACAAUAGUAGUAACAAGAUUUACACAAACUUGAAUUCUUGUCUUGUGAUUCCACCACCUACUUCCACCAAACCUAGAGCUAUAAUCAAAUUCAUUGGUGGUGCUUUUGUUGGUGCUAUUCCUCAACUUACUUAUGGAUAUCUUAUAGAGUUAUUGGCUAAGGAAGGUUUUGUUGUUGUGGUGGUGCCUUAUAAUGUGACAUUUGAUCAUUCCCUAGCUGCUAAACAAGUCUAUGACAAGUUUCAUUCUUCUUUGGAUACACUGCUGACAUCUGGGUUGCCUCAAGCCAAUUUGUCACCUGCUCAGCUUGGAGGCCUUCCUGUUUUCUCUGUUGGUCAUAGCAAUGGUGCACUUCUUCAAGUUCUCACAGGAAGCUUAUUUUCUGAGAAACUACCCAAGGCUAAUGCUGUAAUCGCUUACAACAACAGACCAGCGACGGAGGCUGUCCCUUACUUUGAGCAGUUAGGUCCUGCAGUCAGCCAGAUGAUGCCGAUAGUGGAAGCAAAUCCAAUUUACUCAAUAGCUAGAAAUGCACCAGGAGAUGCAUGGAAAAUGGUCCUUGAUACUGUUGGAUCAAUUCUGCAGGAAAGCGAGAAGGAAGUUCUGAAUUCCUUAUCUAAAUUUGUUGAUCAGCUGCCUUUGGUAAUGAAUGAGGUUACACAAGGAGUCUCAGAGUUCAAACCAACACCGUCCGAAAAUCGUGAUUGCUUUAAAAGUUCGUACAAUGUCAAACACACAUUAUUGGUGCAAUUCAAUUCCGACACAAUUGACGAAACAAAUAUUCUUGAAGAAACACUCAAGCCUCGUGUGGAGUCCUUUGGUGGGACAAUAGAAAAAGUAGGAUUGAGUGGUAACCACAUCACCCCAUGCAUCCAGGAACCAAGAUGGCAAGUAGGUAAGUUGUAUACUCCAGCAGAUGCUGUUGCUCAAAGGCUUAAAUCUUUUUCUCUGAGUGAUACUAGAAUCCUUGCCAGAACCAUUAGUGACUGGUUCAAACGUUUUGAGGAUUGAAGUGCUAGGGCAUAUUUGCAUUGCGUAAAUCAUGCAAUAUAGUUUUGGCUAAUAGAAACUUACAUGUUGUAUAUGUGUGCAUUAAUGAGUCAAGAAUGUAGUAGACAAUCUUAGUGUAAGUUAACUACCAUUAUUAAGGUUAAUAAAUACUUAUUGGAUUGGAUUUUGAGAGCAACAUACACACAAUAAUCCAACACAAAUAUAUUCAUCAA